CGUGAAAGAUGAAGUUCGCGAAGGCCUCCCUGUGGAUGGUCAUCGCCUUCCUCCUGUCACAGAAUCAGCGAGGGUUCUCAGAGGAGAACUGUGAAGCUGGGAAGGAUAACAAGUGUGGCAAGGAAACCUCGAAAGACGAGAAAACGAAGUACAACAAGCAACAAAAUUCAUCGUCAAAAUGGAAGAAGUAUUUGUCACUGAUUGAAAAGGCUGUGGCUAAGUAUGAACCAUGUGGAGAUGGUUGUACUUGUCACCUUAGGGUUAUAGACGAGGACUUGAAGCCAUGGGAGACAACUGAGAAAGGAAUAAGUCAGGAGAGCUUUGAUAUUGCUAAGGAGAGAGGUGUACAUUACCAAAUCAUCAACCACAAAUUAUACAGAGAAGAUGAAUGCAUGUUUCCAUUCAGGUGCAGUGGAGUGGAGCACUUUAUUUUGGAAAUAAUCAAAAAACUGCCUGACAUGGAGAUGAUAAUUAAUGUUCGUGAUUGGCCACAGUCAGGGAAAUAUAAUCCACCCCUGCCAGUAUUUUCCUUCAGUAAAGAUAGGUCUCAGAAUUAUGACAUUAUGUACCCUGCAUGGACUUUCUGGGAAGGAGGUCCUGCUGUUGCUCCUAUUUACCCCACAGGCUUGGGAAGAUGGGAUUUACAAAGAGAGAUUAUUCCCAGAGAAGCAGCCAAAUGGCCAUGGGAGAAGAAAAUAGAGAAAGCAUUCUUCAGAGGCUCUCGGACAAGUGCUGAAAGGGAUCCUCUGAUUCUAUUGUCUCGCAGUAAUCCAGAGCUAGUUGAGGCAGAAUAUACAAAAAAUCAGGCUUGGAAGUCUGAUGCGGAUACAUUGGGGAGACCUGCAGCCAAAGAAAUAAAACUGGAGGAUCAUUGUCAAUACAAGUAUUUAUUUAAUUUCCGUGGGGUUGCUGCGAGUUUUCGAUUCAAGCACCUGUUUUUGUGUAACUCUGUGGUGUUUCAAGUUGGGGAGGACUGGUUAGAGUUUUUCUAUCCAGCCAUGAAGCCUUGGGUUCAUUACAUUCCAGUCAGAAAAGAUUUGACAGAUGUCAGAAAAUUGUUGGAAUUUGUAAAAGAAAAUGAUGACAUAGCACGACAGAUAGCAGAAAGGGGACAGGAAUUUAUAUGGAAUCGUCUACGCAUGGAAGAUGUCUCUUGCUACUGGGAAAAACUGCUUAAAAGAUAUGCCAAACUUCUUCAGUUUAAGCCAAAACGAAAUAAAAAUUAUAGGAAAUUAUAGAAAAUAACUUCUUGAAUCUCUUUUGGUAAACAUUUAAAUUUUCUUUGAUGUAGUACAAAUUCCAUUUUGUAAAACUUGACAGUGACUGUUAAAUAUAAGUUGAACUUGAUAUUUUUUAUGUUAUCUUAUAUUUUUGCUUCCUUAUUUCGAACAAUGUUUACAUUUUUAUACACUUGGUUGUAUGCGAACAGUGCACAAUUAUACAAUUUUGCUAUUAAAUUAAGCUUACAGCAUAUUGAACAGGUUUCUACGAGUUUAGUGUGAAGUGUGUGUUUUGGGGCUAGUUUCCAUGUUUAAGUCAGCACUUUGAGUAUGGAGGAAU